UUUUGAAAAGUUACUUAUUUUCUUCCUUUAGGAUUUCUAGCAACUUUUUGGCUUCGGUCAGAGACUUAUUUGGAGUUGGUCUUAAGUGUGGAAGGAGAGAAUGUGAAGCACUCGGGCCCGCUGUAAAAGUGGAAGUUCUGAGGAUGGACCCAUUUUUGGUUUUACUGAAUUCAUUUUCGAGCAGCAUCUCUCCAGAAGAGCUUUCUGAUCUCAAGUUUCUAUGCCAGUCAAAAAUUGGUAAAAAAAAGUUAACAGCUAUGGAAAGGGGCACUGAGCUAUUCAACGUUCUUCUUGAACAGAAUGUCAUUACACCUUACAAUGUAGAAUUCUUAAGAGUGAUGCUCCAAAGUCUGAAAAGAGAAGAUUUGCUAAUUCAACUGGAGCAGUUUGAAGGAAGUGUAGAAGGUGAUCCUGCUGAUCAACUGGACAUAGAAGAAAAACGUAAGGUGGAGAGAGCGUUUGAAGUCAUAUGUGACAAUGUUGGAAAAAACUGGAAAAUGCUGAUUCGAAAACUUGAAAUUUCAGAUACCAAAAUUGAUCGAAUUACGGCUGCCCAUCCAUACAACUUAGAGGAACAAUUGAUGAAAUCCCUUCUUGAGUGGAAGAAAUUAAAAGGAAAAAAUGCUAAAGCUGAUGACUUAAUAAAAGCCCUUAGGGCCUGUAAAAUGAACCUAGUGGCAGACAAAAUCGAAGAUGCUUUACGUCCGGUUGUCUAAAAUGCAAAACAAAAAACAAAAAACAGUGGGAAGAAAACAUUACUGAGAUAUUAAAUGGAAAAUAAUCAGGAAAACAGCUCUUUGAUCAUUCUCUUUAUGAGCUGCAUUUGUACAUAUACUUCCUUGCUUUAUUUGCUUACAGUGGAAUUAAAACUACUUUAGCUCUCUCGCUCCCAGAAUGGCAGAGUUGGACCCAUGUGGAAUUUCAGUUGCAAAUCUUAUACAUGUUAAGGUAAAAAUACACCUUACAGUAUUUAUAGUUCUGUUAAAAGUCAGUUUUAUGGGAAAUCCUCUAUUAGUCUUCUUGGAGGACAGAUUUAUUACAACUGAGAGAAAUGCGACCAAAAUGAGUGAGUGAGUGGUUUUAUUGUGGUCAAAGGCCAAUUAAAGAUAAAUAACCAAAAGAUGAAACAAGAUUGUAAGUAUUAUAUGAAUGGUAAUGGACUAGAAGAAACUGUUCUGUAAAAUCUUGUUCUUUUUUUAAAAAAAAUGUAUGAGGUCAUGUAUGACUACCUAGUUUUAUACAAGCAUUGGUGAAAGUUGCCUUCUUUGGACUUUUGAUGAAUUUGGAACUUGAAUGGUGUGGUACUGUUUUGAUCUUUGUAAAACUAAUAAUGUGCUUGACAGACACCUGCAAAAAUAUUUCCCAUUUAUAUGUUUGAAAAUUUAAUUCAACAUUAUUUUUCUAUCAAUAGAAGUCAACCUGUCUUUUUACAUAUUCUUCUUCUGUAUUGAUAAUAAUUUAUAUGAUAUAAAUCCUGUGAAUUGUGACUUUAAAAAGACUUAUUUUUUAGUUAAUCAUAAAUCUUACCAUUGCUUUGAGUUCUAAGAAUCACAGUCCUGUUUUGACAAUAACCAUUGUAGGACUCUCAGAACCAACAUGAAGAAUCACGACUUUGUCGUAUAAACCUCUGAAAACUUUUAGGGCAGCUGUUUCUUUAGUCAUAAUCAAAUGUUAUUGUUACAUUUACGUACUAAUUCUGAUGUAUUUAUUGGGGGAGGAGGGAAGCGGGUUGACUCCAUCUACUACGUUACAUACCUUCUAGGCCUGGCCAUGCUUUGCCCUGUGAAAUAAGCCUGUUUUCCCAUUUUUAAAGGGAAACGUGGUGAUUUACAUGGAAAAUGUAGCAGAGCUUCUGAGCUGCUGAACCAGCAAGUAUGUAUCCCGUUCAGGUAGUUAAGAUCUUGCCUUUGUUGUAAAAUCACUUGCUAACUUGUCUCUCUCUCUCUCUCAGACUGUGCACCCUCUCCAUCUUCAAUAUUACUGACUUGCAUUAUGGGAUUGUUGCAAGGAGAGCCAGUUUGGGGUAGUGGUCAAGAGUGCGGGACUCUAAUCUGGAGAGCCGGGUUUGAUUCCCCACUCCUCCACUUGAAGCCAUCUGGGUAAUCUUGGGUCAGUCACAGCUUCUUGGAGCUCUCUCAGCCCCACCCACUUCACAGGGUGUUUUGUUGUGGGGAUAAUAAUGGCACAGUUUGUAAACCACUCUGAGUAGGUGUUAAGUCAUCCUGAAGGGCGGUAUAUAAAUUGAAUGUUGUUAUUAUUAUUCUGAGAUAAUGUACACUCAUAUAAACGAUAGCAUAAUCUAAA